UGCACUGCGAAACGUUAGGGAGUCUUAGAUCAUAUUGAGUAAACUGCUCUCCUAUUUAAGUUUUUUAAAAGUUUUUUAACUUUUUUAUCUAAAUAAAAGUGAGUUUUUAACACGCCGUCUUAUGGAGGUUUUUAACCUUUAGUUACCUUUCACACUGAGUGGAUUUUUAUUCAACCACAUUGUGGAUUAUGCGUUUAACCUUGGAUUGGACAUUUACCUGAGGACAUUGAAACCCCCUUAUGCCUCUGGGAGCGUUUUUUUCUGCUCCAGAAACCAGAUGGACAGGAACGGGACCUGGAAGCACACCGACAGCCGGACAAUGAGCCACAGGGAAGUGAGGCCUACAGACCUGAGGCCUAAGAAGCAGAGACUCCACGUCACCAGGCCCAGGACAAACCACAUGGCGCAAUCCUUCCACAACAAGGCUAAAGAACAGACGCCAUACCACCCCAUUAAGUCCAGUGUCUGUGAUCCCGGAGGGGAAAUUUACCAACCACAGGCAACGAAUCGUAAACAGGGCUUACAGGUACGACAGGCCAGGGACUUAACAAAUGUGGCAACACUCACCACAGGUGACAUUGACCAGCUUUCCCCAUCCUCUGCUGACCUCUGUCCUCCAGGUCACUCAGCCGUGCCAUCCGCCCCCCUGCCAGGGAGCCAGCCGCCCAGACACCUUGAUCGGUCCAGGCUAAAAUUAAAAAACAAAGAGGUGGGAGGAAAAAGGACGAGAAAAUGGAAAAACAUCCAAGUUGAACAAACUGGACAAAUCCACUCUGAUACCUCCAAAAACACCUCGGUAGCAGUGCGGCUGGAGUCCUCACGGCAGGGGCACUUUGGGCGGGCUGAGGACGAGGAAUGGGAGGAUUUUACGUCAGGCAGUGAGAGAGAACAGAACCGUACCUUAUUGUUUUUUCCCACCAGCCACAAGGCCCGGCCUUCACGCAAGCUGGAGGACUGGCACAUUAGGGGUAAAAAACCUGUACUGAUAUUGGGGGACUCGAACCUUAACAGGAUCCUUGAGUUUAUGCACCCAGAGGUACAAAUCGACAGCUACCCUGGUGCCAAUUUCUACCACUUUUGGAAAGUGGUACAGAAAACUCCAGCACACCCCUCUGUCAAGGUUGUGGUCUUCUCAGUGGGACUCAAUAAUAGGGACCAGGACCCUCAGAAAACAUCAAUAAAACAACUUAGGGCGCUGUACAGGGCAUCCAGAGUCGCAUUUCCAAAUGCCAGCAUCUUUUUCCCCCUCAUUAAUUACUCACCAUCCCUCACACAGAUACAGAAACAGAACCUGGACACCAUUAAUACGUAUAUUACUAACUACUUACCUUCAUUGCCUAGAAUCCCACAGGACCGGUUCAGAACCAGAGCAGAUAACAUCCAUUGGACCACGGCCACGGCACACAGCAUCUUCGACCUCUGGUGUCAAAAGCUGAGCUUAAAUUUACAGUAG